UCUUAACUAACAAGCUUCGACUAUCUGAACAAUUACUUUCCUUCGCCAGCCCAAGUUUUUUCAUUUGUUUGAUCUUUGAUACCCCCCAUCCUCUUCCAUCACUUUUGAUCUUUUUCUAAACAAUCUUCUAAUAAUUCCCUAACUUGAAGAAAAAAACGUCUACUUUCUUCCCCCGGCCCGUACCAGCUACCAGCCACAUCACGACUAGCGGCGUUUUGAUUCAGAACCAAAUUAGCGACGGCGGAAAAAAGACUCUAUGAGACGAGUCAUUAAUCCAUCGCAUACCUUCGUUUCUAGGUCUAAGUCUAGGUCUCGGUCUCUAUUUGUAACAAGUUUCCGUUUGGUCGAUUAUCGCCCACUUUCCGCUAUUUCGAAGGAGCCGAACAAAUCCCUUUGAUCCUACUUCCCGCUCUCUAGAUCUUCCGAUUUCCGCUCUCCGCUGUCCGUACGUACCCGCGUGAGAAGCUAGGCCAAAUUAUACACCUUUCUCUACCGCCUCAUAUGCGGUUGACCGACCCGCAGCUACGGUGCGACUAACCGCUCCAAUGCCCUGGCAACCGCUGCCUCGUAUCGCCUUCGCCGUCGCGACCUAUCCCUUCGAGACCAAGAACGACAAUGAGCUUCCCUUAGAGAUCGGCGAUGAUCUAUACAUUAUCGAGGAGACGUCCGACGGCCAAUGGCUACGGGGAUAUCUGUUGGCGCCUCCUUCGCUUUUGGCUGGUCUGACUUCCGUCAAGGGCCAGCCGCUAGAAGCUCGCGUUUUCUCCGGUAUAUUCCCGCGCAGUUGUGUUGAGAUACGUGAGGUCUUGGGCGAUGGCGACGAGCAUUCAGAAAAUAGUAGUAAUUACCAAGUGGAUGAUGAUGCGCAACCGAUUGGAAGUGACUCCGGAAAGAGUGGAGUGGCCCCGAGUGCGAGGAAAUCAUACGCAAGAGAAGGAGAAAAUGGUAGCAGGCCGCAUAAACCGAACGGUACCGCGUUGAACGGGACCAUCUCUCGAAUCCCGGAAUUAAAAAUACGUGAACCGGGCGUACCUAAGCCAGCCGCGCCGGUCCCGAUGCUAAGGCUCGGCGAUGAGACACCUACCUCUACCAUGGAACCCUUAAUAGACGAAAUCGCGUCAUGUCUGCGCGAAUGGCACUCGACGAAUUUCCACGACCUUCUCCUUACUAGGCAAUAUACUAAGCUUGACAAAGUUUCCCAGUUAAUCCAAACCCUGGACCUGUCAAGGCGACAAUUUCUCCACAACCUACUUACAACUCGCGAAUACAAUGCGCUCCGAGAAAGGACAGUCUGGGACCUGGUUAGGGGAAACAAGCUUUGCGGAGGGGAGGUUAUCGUACGCGACCCUAACGAGAGAGGCCGAGUUCUGACUGGUGACGACUCUGUUGUGGAAAUUACUAAGCUGCAGUCCGUUAUGAGCUUGUUGGACGAACCCCCGCAACCACAUGUCGAAUUGUCCGCUUUGCACCACCUAAUGGUCGAUAUCAGAAGCUUUGCUGGCUCUUCUAAUGAGCCCACAACGUUGGUGUUGUACCUCGUUAGCAAAUCCGUUGGGGGAACCCUGACGACUCUCUCGGAAAGCUACAUGAUCGAGGUACCAUCUGGUGGCACGAUGGGCUAUUUAACUAGGAAUCCCCAGAUGCGCACUUUAUUCACCGACCUGACCUCCGCGGAUAUCGGCGACGGGCCGUCUGCUGACUCUGAAUUAUACCUAAUAGUGAAGGUUCGUUCACCACAGCAGAUUACCGUCGGCAAACCUGUCUCAAGGUCGGGAUCGUUCGGCCCACCCAGCACACCAUUUUCAAAAGACAAACCCCCAUCUUCUGGUGGUAACAAGGCCUCGAGGAGGAGUUUGAUGUGGGGGACUACAAGAUCGGCAUUUUCUAGAGGAGGGUCGAAACUUGAUUCCCUUUCAGAGCAACCCGAGGAGCGACCAAGAACAGAUGGUCUCGACAGUAGAGAUGGAGGGGUACCCCCUAGCACUGCUGGGUCGAGAGCAGCGCGCCCUUCCGUAGAUGGUCCGCAACCAACGCAGAUGCUAGCGGAGAGAAUGGUGGGUAUGGGUGUAUUGAGUCUCAACUCGAUCAUGAAACAGGACGAAGAGACAGAGCACGUUGUCACAGUUUGGUCGCCAUCCGCGAAGUUCACUGCCGAAAAAUAUGACGCUACUGAAGGAUGGGAUGGCAUGGUUCGCGAUCUCUUGGAAAGCAAGUCCGGUCAUUACGAAAAAUCAAGAAGGGCAGAACGGUUGCAAAUUCAUCUGAAGUCUUUCAAUAGCCCCGACGCCGAUGCUCUUAUCAAAGCAACCCCUACUUCGCUUGCUGGUAUUAGCAAGACUAACAAAAUGGGUUUCUCUGGUGCCCCUACGAAGCCCCGAUCCGAUAUUUACGUGACGGUUACUGAAGCCCUUUUGUCUCGACAGAAUCUAAUCUCUCGUUUUGGAGCCAGUGCUACGACUAUUUCAAGUAACGUACACGGCGCAAAUCUUAUGGUUUCCUUAGAAGUUCGACGAUUGUCAGGAGAGCGAAUAGAGGAUUGCAUAUACUCUUCUUCGAAUUCGGAGCCGCUGAGCACUUGGCGCUCGUUUGCUGUCGAGCGUGGCGAGCAUUGGGAUCAAACUCUUCGAUUGUCGUUAUUACCCGCUGAUGUCAGCAUGGCGCAUGUUGUCUUGACCGUUUCCGACUUACCUAGUACACCAUUCGCAAUUGCCUACAUGCCGUUAUGGGACCAACAUGCAUUCUUAGGCGAUGGUAUGCAUUCUCUUCUUCUCUAUAAGCUCGACGAAUAUACGCAAACAGCCCAGGCUGGCCCCGUAGGCCGAGGUGGAUAUCUAACUCUUCCCUGGAGUGCUCGUAGUGACCCGAGCGAAGUCACUGGUCCGCUUGCGACUCUUCGAAUCGAAACAUAUCUCUGCAGCACGAGGUUCUCUCAGGACCGAAUAAUCCUUGGUUUGCUAAAAUGGAAAGAAGGUCCCAGAGAUGAGAUCCCAUCGUUGCUGAAGCAGCUGAUAUUUGUACCUGAAAUCGAGGUUGUCAAACUACUGAGCGAUGUCUUGGAUGGCCUUUUCGGUAUUCUGGUUGAAUACCAAGGCAACGAUGAAUACGAAGACCUUGUUUUCACAGCUCUUGUUAGAGUUCUAGGCAUAGUCCACGACCGUCGGUUCAAUCUAGGCCCAUUAGUUGACCACUAUGCCGAAAACAAAUUCAACUAUCCUUUCGCUACGCCUUGUCUAGUAAGAUCAUUCACACGACUAUUGACGAAACCGACUGAAUCCGAGACCGCACGAAAACUGAGAGCUACACUGAAAGUUGUCCGCCACAUUCUCAAGUUCAUCACACAUGCAAGAGGUCAGCAGAAGGUUAAGGAGGCUGGCAUUGGUAUUACGGGUAGCACUGCCGGCUUUACGCGACAUCUGCAGAGUAUCUUCAAGGCUCUCGACUCAAUGAUGCGAAGCACCGCGCCAGUUCUGGUUGGAAGCCAAACAUUAGCAGUGCAGCAUUUCCACACCUGGUUACCCGAACUCACAGGAUUGCUUACCACUGAAGAGAUUCUUCAUAUCGCCAUCGACUUCAUGGAUUCCUGUGCUCUAGUCAAGGGCAAAUUGGUCCUGUACAAGCUUGUUCUAAUAAUCAACUACUCUAAGCUAGAUCUUUUCUCUGGUCCGGAGCAACGAUCUGCACUCAGUGCCAAUACCGUAAGGUGGAUCGCGCCACAUUGGGGUCAGGUAGAUGAAGUGACAGAUCAGUGGAAAGAACAAGUUCGCCUCUGUUGUUCGGUACUAUCAAGCCAGGUCGACCAUCUCAAUGCCGAGAUCCCGGAUUACAUCCCGAAGAUUGUAGGAUCAUACUUAUCCAUUCAAGCUACCGAAUUGAAACCAAAGAACCGAUUUUCACUUCUCUUCCCCACGACCUAUCCUUUCCCCAGCAAGCAAAUAUCAGGCGAUGCUGUGCAAUUUGACGAGGCUUUGAUAGAAUUAUCGGCUAUCUUAUCCGCGCUUGCGAACUCGCCAAGUGGGAUGCAGCUUGAGUUAGCUGCCGACGACCUUACAAGUCUCCUAAAGGAUACGCUUAAUGUUUAUAUGAGUAUUCUCCAGGGGGAAGCCUUCCCAUCCAGUUGGCUUAGCGUGUACAUAUAUCACCACAAGUCUACCAUGAGGACGUUACAAUAUCUUGCUAGUAUCCUUUUGGAAUCAUUCUUACCUCAUCCCGACGAGGCGGAAGACUUUGAUACGGAGCUAUGGCGAAUGUUCUUUUGUACAUUACUUAAGCUUGUCGGUAGUGGACACUUGGCACUUGAAACAUUUUCGGAACAGAAGCGAAGAGCAGUCUGGAAAAUUGCUGGCGACGUAAGAGAACACGGCGCUGACUUACUGAGACGAACAUGGGAAGCCAUCGGUUGGGAAACGAGCACCGACGAGCGGAUUCGAUACGGACUAACGAAGAUGGGUGGCUACCAAGUGCAAUACGUGCCUACGCUGGUUGGUCCUAUAGUUGAACUUUGCUUGAGCGUCCACGAAGGUCUCAGGAGAAUGGCCGUCGAAGUACUGCAAACCAUGAUCGUCAGCGAAUGGACAUUAAGUGAGGACCUCUCUGUCAUUCAAACGGAAAUGAUUGAUUGUCUGGACGGAUUUUUCAAAAACAAAACCAUGACGGAGAGCAUUUUACAAAAGUUGUUCGUUGGCGAGCUUCUUGAACGAUUCGACCCACUAUCUCAAAUUCCAGGCGACCCUCUGUAUUCUGCGCUGAAGGGUUUAAUCGAAACCAUUGCCGAAUUUUUAGAUCUUCUCGUCGCGGUCCAUAGUGGGGAUACAACGAGCGAGGCUUCUCAUUUAAUUAAUCGCCUACAGCUUAUGGAGUUCCUCAGAGACAUGCAGAAGGAGGAGAUAUUCAUCCGCUACGUCCAUCAACUGGCCGCAUUACAGUCCGAUGCUAGGAAUCACACCGAAGCUGGACUAGCUCUUCGCCUCCACGCCGAACUAUACGAUUGGGAACCCUCGAGAUUAACGAGUUCUCUAACAGAUCCAGAUCUUCCAGAACAGUCCCAUUUUGAGCGCAAAGAACGCAUCUAUUUUGACAUGAUCAAACACUUCGAAGACGGAGAAGCGUGGAGCAAUGCUCUUGCCGCGUAUAAAGAACUUCAAGCUCAAUACGAGAGCAAUGUUUUCGACUUUGCCAAGCUUGCGAGAACUGAAAGAGCCAUUGCGACAAUCUACGAAAAGCUGGCAAAGGGCGAUAAGCUCGUACCUAAGUACUUCAAGGUUGUUUAUAAGGGUCUUGGAUUUCCCCUAAAUCUACGUGACAAGGCAUUCGUGUAUGAGGGCUCGCCAACGGAGCGUACAUCGGCCUUUACGGAUCGUAUGCAAGAACAGUAUCCAGCUGCUCAGAUCCUCACAUCUAGUGAUGUCGAUAGCGAGGUCGAAGGACAGUACUUGGUGAUUUCGGCUCUUAGUCCACAUCGCGAUCUCGGCCACCAGGUAUUCCAGCGGGCUAGGGUUCCGCAGCCUAUCCGAGAUUAUUUACUCUCAGCCCACGCCCAAAUGUUCUCGGUGUCUUCUAAGCGCAGCACUAAUGGUCCUGUCGAAACUCACUUUGCCGAAAAGACGAUAUAUACCACAGCCGAGCCUUUCCCUACGAUUUUACGACGCAGUGAGAUUGUGGACAUCAACACUUUACGGUUGAGCGCCAAGGAGACGGCCCUUGAGCGUAUCGUCCGGAAGACGCAGGAAAUGACGACAGUUGAGAAGCGACUCGCCGAAGAUGAUGAUGAAGAGAUUGCGCAACUCAUGGUAGAUGCUAUCGCUAUCUCAGUUGACCCUAUUUCUGAGAGCAGUGUUGCCUGCUACCGCCAGCUUCUACCUGCUCCCCAAUCCGAAGAUGAGGAAGAGCCAGAACUUGACCAGCAAGAAAACGCAAUCAAGAUGGCGCUUGUUGACCAUGCAAUCAUGAUUAAGAGGUGUUUGACAAGCUUUUCUCGCAGCUCAAACCCCGUCCUCUUGAAGGGAUACGAGGACUCUUAUAAACACUUCUUAUCAACAUUCGCACCGGAGAUCGCAAUAUUUGCACCCGUUCAACCGUCCCGGGAAACCGCCACUAAUACUCCGUCGCCAACUUGGCAACGAGCGUCCCCUACCAGCGAACACCGUCCCCAGGAGCACAAGCCCAGCGUUUCGCUAACAAACGGCGCUGGCAUCGUUGAAGAAGCAGCCGUGCAGCCUCUCUCUACGAGGCAACGCGGGACGCGGCUUAGCUUCAUGGGGGGCAAGAAGAGGGAUCUUCCGCAGUCAAACGGCGAUGCAACAAGUAUGCAACAGCCAUCAAAAGCUGACAGUGACUCCAAUAGCCAAGUAAGCAAAGGCAAGGAUAACUCAAAUCGAAGGAGCAUAUUCCGUAGCCAAUCGAAUGACACGAAUAUCAGUUCGAAUCAAUACGCUCAACCCUACCCAAACGGAAUCGUAGACCCGACCACGCCAGAUUGGGUGAUAGAUAGAUCACGCAAAAGUAAAGAGAUAGUCGAUGUCGUCGAGAGGGACUUUGAUAGGCCUAACGACGGCGGGAUAGGGUUCACUUCGGUCAGAAAGAGGCUAAGCAUGUUGAAGCUGGGAAAGAAACCGAGCAAACCGAACGGCUUCUUUAUGGGCGGGGUAAACGAGGAAUCCUAGCAGGUCCCAGUUCGCGAUACUGGCGUGUACACAACGGACGUUGGGAGUCAAGGGGGGGAAUACCAAAUUUGGCGGAGCAGGAUAACGAGAAGCUUGAUGAACAAAACUGGCGUUCAGGACUAUCAUUUUGACGAACGGGCGAAGUGGCGCCGGAACUAACUGUCGUAUCGAUGCUAUUUACCCGCGCCGGCGGACUCUUUUUUAGGUGCUGUUUCCAUUCUUCUAUUUUUUCGAUAAGGGCUGUCGACAACGACGAUCUCUCUUCUCGGGCCUGUGGGAAAAAUUAGUAGACCUACACACUUCCGGCAACGAAGUUUCAAUUUCAUAAGUCAAAAAAAGUGUUUGCAGAUGAUCAAAGUCGGGGUUAUCAUCUCGACUCUUAUUCUAUCUAUAUAGGAAUUGAAUUGUAUGUAUGAUCUUUAAUUAUUAAAACACGUAAUUUUGAGACUUUUCUCUUUUGUUUCGAUUCUUUCGGGCUACUUACAUGUAUUUAUAUUUCUUCGAUCUUUAGCAGUUUUUGGCAGGUCAGCGAUCUUCCGUGUCGCUAGUCUUACCAACCGAAGGGGCUGAAUAAACCAAUUAGGGUAGAGCAACUCUCCCCACUAGACCAGAUGUUCUUGGUGUGCAGUAGUUCGCCAUCACGAAACUGCCGGGUAAAUUAGAAGGGCACCCACAUACAUAUAGGUAAUAG